AUGGAUUAUCAAAGUAUGCGACAGCAGAAAGAAUCUUUGGAUCCAGGUCAUUCUGCAAACCAAAAGUCGCAGGAAACUAUUUGCAUAGAUGCAGAUUCGAUUCCUUCAACAUCCUUGGCAGUGGCACGAACAGAAAGACGAAUAGUAGAAGCUGAAUCAUCUACCCAUCAAGAAAGCAAGAGUUUUAUAAUUUGUUUUGUUUAUGUUUGUUAUUUAGAUGGUGGUUCAAAGUGGGAAAAAUUAACUCUAAGUAUCCUGUUUUUUAUAUCCAAAGAUAUGCGCCCCUUUAACGUUGUUGAAGGAGAAGGUUUUCUGAAACUUAUGAAGGAAGCUGCACCAUUGUACAAAGUCCCUUCCAGCACAUUUUUUAAAAACAAGCUUGCCGAAAAAUAUGAUGUGACGGUUUUACAAUAUAAGAACAAAAUUGAAAAAGCUAGUGACUUUUGCUUAACAUUAGAUGUUUGGACAGAGACAAUGCAAGAAAAAAGUUUUUUGGGCGUUACUUUGCAUUUCUUCGAAGGAAUUACACCUGUUAAUUCCAAUAUCGCUACAAGAGAGUUAAGUCAAAGUCACACAGCCGUUUAUAUCCAACAGGUCUUGGAAGACAUCAUAAGUGAUUGGAAUAUCCCGAUGGAAAAAAUAAGAUGCUUUGUUACAGACAAUGGUGCGAAUAUGGUCGCAGCUAUAAAAAAUAUAUCUGCUCAACAAAAUAAACACCUGCCAUGUUUCCCACACACAAUUAACUUAGUUGUCGAAGCUGGAAUAAAGCAUGAAUCCGUCAAAUCUAUAAUUACAAAGAUAAGAACAAUUGUGAAAUGGGUCAAAAACAGUGUUAAGAACUCCGAUAAACUGCGAAAGCUCCAAAUUAUUUCUGGAGAUUCCCAAGGAUCAACAAAAAAACUUGUAUUGGACGUCUGCACCCGAUGGAACUCAUGUUAUUACAUGAUAGAAAGGUUUCUGGAACUAUCCAAAUUUUGCUCCGAUCUUCUUUUUGACGAUUGCUCCAGCCCUGAAAUGCCAAACAGUUCAGAAAUUGAGAUAAUUAAACAGUUAGUAAAAUUACUGAAACCAUUCGAAUAUAUAACAAAAGAAUCCUCUGGUGAAAAAUACACAAGUAUCUCCCAAAUUAUUCCAAUGUUGAACUGUUUGGCAAAGGAGCUGCUUGCAUUCUCUUCAAAUGUUGACUGUGUGAAAUGUGUCCAUAAAAUUUUAUAUACGGAGUUACAUCGAAGAUUCCAAAAUAUUGAACAUAAUCCAAACGUAGCAUUAGCAACCUUAUUGGACCCUAGGUUCAAGAAUCUACAUUUUCAAGACGCCAAUGCAUGUGGAAGAGCCAUCCAGAAGCUAAAAGAUCUUGUUAAACAAGAUAAAGAAAUUUCUAGCAGUGAAUCGGAUGUGGACGAAACGCAGAAAGGUUUCGAUUUCUGGAAGCAUCACAAGGAAUUGGUUAUAAGCCAGAAAAGAAAAAAAAACCAUACUAAAAGUGAUUCGGUUUCUUCAUAUUUGUCUACUCCUGUUUCCAACUUAAAAUCUAAUCCUCUAGAGGAGUGGGAAGAUAUGAAGGCGUUCUUCCCUUCUUUAUAUAAACAUGCAAGGAUGUUUUUGGUGGUUGUCGCGUCUUCUGUGCCAUGUGAAAGAUUGUUUUCCAAAGCGGGUGCAACAAUCAGCAAAUCCAGAAACCGCCUAAGCGGAAAACACUUAGAAAAACUUCUUUUUUUAUCAAAGUAUCGAUACUUUUCAUCCGAUACCCAAGUAGGUAUCGAUACUUUCUUUCGAUACCGGUAUCGAGUACAAGUACUCGAUACCUUGCAGGUAUCGUUUCAUCCCUACUGA